AUGGACCCAAGACUGUGGCUUGCCACCGUCUCCGGGGCUGUGACCCUGGGGUACUUGGCCAUUCGCAAGCUCCUCGACUACGACCCGCGCGAACCUCCACUCGCUCCUCAGCGUAUUCCAAUCAUCAGCCACAUGAUUGGGUUAUACAGGCGAACCUACAACUAUUACUCUGAUGUCUAUGCAGCAACUGGAGCGCCAAUCUUCACUGUGCCGCUCCCAGGACAGAAGAUGUACGUCGUUUCAAGUCCAGACUUGAUCCAGUCGAUACAAAGGCAGCACCGAGCCUUCUCCAUCGACCCCAUCCUCAUGAAAUUCUCAAGCAUCAUAGCCGGCAGCAGCAAGGAAUCAGACGCCAUCUUACAGCACAACGUCUACGGCGAUGACGGUGACCACGGCGUUGCUCACGAAAGCCACAUCGCUUUGAGAGAAGGAACCAAACCAUCCAACAUUGACGAGAUGAACCGCGACAUGUUACGUGAAGUCUCCAGCUCUCUCGACUUGCUCGAACCCCCCAUUGGCCAAACAAAACGCAUAAAACUCUACUCCUGGCUUCGCACAACCCUCACCUCGGCCACGACCAGAGCUGUCUACGGCCCUAUGAACCCCUACAACGACCAGUCGAUCGCCGACGCCUUCUGGGAAUUUGAGCAAGGCAUCAUGCCCAUCAUAAUCAACAUCCUCCCCAUCCUCUUCGCCCGCAAAGCCAUCGCCGCCCGAGCCAAGGUCUCCCAAGCCUUUUACAAAUACUACACCUCCAACGGACAGGAGUCGGCCUCCCUCCUCACCCGCCUCCGCUACGGUGUCGCCACACGGAAUAAGCUCCCCGUCGAGGACAUCGCCAAGAUUGAAAUCGGGGGCACGAUCGCCAUCAUGGUCAACACCAUCCCCGCUGCCUUUUGGACCUUGUUCUACGUCCACGCCAACCCUGCCCUUUUGGCGUCCAUCCGGGCUGAAGUGGAGGCGUGCAUUGAGACUGCUCGUGGCGAGGACGGGACGGUCACAAGGACAAUCAACAUUGUCACGUUGAAAGCCAACUGCCCUCUGCUGCUCUCCUCCUACCAGGAAACACUUCGUUAUGUGGGGAUGGGCACGCCAGUGAGGGAAGUAACGCAGGACACGUACCUGGACGGGUAUCUGCUCAAGAAAGGCGCGCUCAUCCAGAUGCCCACUAGGGUAGUUCACUCUGACCCGAAGCUCUGGGGGGAGAACGUCAAUGAUUUUGUCCCGGAGAGGUUCCUGCCCGAAAACAAAUCUUCUCGCCCGAAGGAGAGUUGUUUUAGGACCUUUGGAGGAGGCAAGACGCUUUGCCCCGGAAGGCACUUUGCUACGAAUGAGAUUUUGGCUGUGGUGGCGGUUUUUGUCGCGAGGUUGGAGAUGGAGCCGGUGGACAAGGAAAAAGGGUGGGAGGCGCCUACCAGUUGGAAUACGGGGGCUGCGGGGCAGAUUAUGGCUCCUGAUAGGGAUGUUGAGGUUGAUAUCAAGAGGAGGGAGGGAGUGGAGGAGGGAUGGAGGUGGGUGGUGAGGGUUGAUAAGGGGGAUAAGGUCUUUAGGAUGGUUACAGAGGACUUUGGGGAUGAAUAG